AUGAAUCCCUGGGAGCAACUGCUGGACUUCCAGCUCGACACCACCACGAUCUGCGCCAUCUUCAUCGGCGGACUCCUCGCGUUGGGCUUCGUCUCGCUGUGUAUCUACGCCGCGUGUACUGCCGUCUGUCAACCUAAGUACCGUCGGCGAAACCGCGUCUCCUCUGCCAGCGCUCCCAGCCACCCCGGGGAGGACCCCACCUCCCACAGACGGAGGGACAGGUUCGCAUGCGCAGCCGAUGACCCCCAUGACCUUGAAGAAGACGCUGACAGGCGCGCAGGCGCAGAGAACUUCUCUCAAGGAGACGUGAACACCACGGGCAUGUCCUCCCGGGGACGGAGCAAGGCGGCAAAGAAGCACAGGAAGCAGAAAGAGGGAGGGGAUGAGAGUCACGGCAAACGACGACAACGAUCCAAGUCGUUGGGGGACGGAACCAUUCGAGAUAAAGGGGACAAGGGGAGACAGAGGAGCGCAUCGGAAGGAACGCAAGGAACUGGAGAGGGCUCCGAGAGACAUGCUAGUAUUUCAGGAGGUACUCCGGUAAGAGUCAGACAACGCAGCUCAUCGGGUGUUAGUUCUCAAAGUGACGCGAGUUCGCAAGGACGGCAAAGAGGCGUAACUAUAGAGAGACAGAAAAGUGUUCCCGGAGGCAUUCCUCCAAACCCGCCGAUCGGCAGAGAGCGAAUCCGGAGCUGCUCCGGAGCGGGAGGGAGCAUGGCGCGGCUGAGAUACGCCAGGAGACUCAGCCUCAACGCCGAGAAGGCCAAACGAGAGAUGAAGAUGAAGAGGAAGAAACCCCUGAGGCGCAGGACGACGAGGAAUCUCCAGACGAAAGUGGAUGUCGUGAAUGAGAAGGAAGAAGAUGCGAUACGAGACGGAGCGCAAGAGGGCGCGCCUAGCCGCAAAGACGGAGCAGAAAAGGCUCCCAUUCGUCAACUACCGAGUGAAAGGGAGAGAAAGGAAUCCGAUGGGUCUCCGGUAAAAAGUCGUGAUGACGUCACUACCGAGGAAACCGACCUGGAGAGGUCGUCAUCAUCCUUGCAAGACAGUCGAGGACCUAGCAGAAAAUACGAAUCGUCGGUGUGA